CUCUCUCUCUCUCUCUCUCUCUCUCUCAACUGGCAGUUUUGAUUCAUUCACAUAAGAGAGCCGAUGGAAUUGAGGACAGUGAGGACAAAACAAGCCUGGGACGAUUAUUUGAGUCCGAUUCUCUUUUGUUUUUUUCCACCACAUUCCUCACUCCUAUCCCUACAUAAACCGGAGCUACUCCAAAUUUAGAGAGACACUAAUUUCAAUCAUACAGUCUUGAGUUUGAGAGCUUAGAUACGCUGUAUCCAUAUAUCUAGAGCAGUAGAGAGACUUUGUAGUUUGUAACAGUUCAUAUAUACACGAUCAUCUCUGUCUAUAUAUCAGAGCUAGUAUUGUUCUUUGUGAAGACACAAAGGAAUCAAUAUGGAUGUGUUGGCAUCAGAAUGCAGUAGCGGUUGUGAGUCUGGUUGGACUCUAUACCUAGAGCAAUCUGUUCUUUCUCAACAUCCCAGUGGUUUACAUAAAGAUGGUUUUUGUGAGGAGUAUAAGGAAAAGAGAAUUAGCUAUAGUAAUGAGGAUGAAGAAGAGGAAGAAGACCAGUCAAUGGUUUCUGAUGCUUCUUCGGGGCCUCCUCAUUUCAAUGAAGAUGAGGUUUACUUUGAUGAAAACAAUAAUGGGGGUUUCUAUUCUCCAUCCAAAGAUGUUCAGACAUUGAAGUAUGGAGGAAGAAAGCAGAGGAUCAAAGAUGUUCAAACAUUGAAUCAAGAUCUACAGCAACAUCAACCAUCUUUUCUUGAUGACACUGCUAGCUCCCCUUUGUUCAACAUUUCCAAGAACAAUUUCAUGGUGUCCAAUAAUCAGGCUUCCGGUGAUAGUGUCCUGGAUUAUUCACAAGGUUUCUCAUCAACUCAUUUUCAGGGGAGAUCUGCAUACCAAAACCACUAUGGUUUCUUCCAAUCAGGAAAUCAACUUCUGGAUCAAAACCAGUGGUUUGAAGGGAAUGAGAUAACAAGAUCUUCAUAUCAUAAAUGAUAUCAGCAGUUGCUGCAUGUGUUAGUGUGGAGGUUGUAAAAGUAGAGACGGAAUUGGAUCUCAAAGAGGGAUCUUGCUCCUUUCAAUUUUUCUUUCUUUGUUUCUUUUCUCCCAUUACCUGUCAAUGUGGAAACAACCUAAGAGGAGAAGUUGGAAUAAAUUUUCAUGCUUCCAAAAUUUAAUUCAAUGUCAUCUUGUAGUGGUGCAACUGAGCUGAAAUUUUGCUCAGUCCCAAAAAGAAUGGAGGAAAAGAAAAGUUAGAACUUAUGUAAGCAGAUUUUUUUGUGACCAAUUCAGCAAACUCCUAUUUCUUAUGGAA